AGGUUUUUAUUAAAGAAUUCCACACAGUGGGUGGGAAAUAUAUAUCCCUAUAUAAAUUCAGAUUUACAAAGCAAGGCUAAAAACCAUACAAAUAGGUGAUCACUUGAACUUAAUUCUCUGCAAUCAUGCCAAGUGUACCACCACAACAGCAGCAGAAAAGCACAAACAUGGAGGAGAUAAAGAAGGGAGCAUGGUCUCCAGAGGAAGACCAAAAAUUGAAAUCUUAUAUCAUGAGAUAUGGCAUUUGGAAUUGGAGCCACAUGCCCAGAUUUGCAGGGCUUUCAAGAAGCGGGAAAAGUUGUAGGCUAAGAUGGAUGAACUAUCUCCGCCCUGAUGUUAAGAGAGGGCCCUUUAGCGUAGAAGAAAGAGAAACGGUCAUCAAAAUGUAUCAGGAACUUGGAAAUAGAUGGUCAGAAAUUGCUCGAAGAUUGCCAGGAAGAACAGACAACGAAGUUAAGAACUUCUUCCACACACACUUAAAGAAGCAUUUCGGACUGAAAUAUGAUGCCCCGUUGAAGAGUACUACCAACGGGGCAAGAAGCAAUAAAAGGGUACUGAAGAAAACCAAAGGAAAUGAGAGGACAAACGUCGAGAAACGAUCACCUGAUCAUGUUUCUUCAUCAGACAGCAACAGUAUUAUUACAUGUGAAGAAAAUCAGAUGAUGGAUGUUACUAUGAAUUUAUAUCAAACAGACGGAGAUUGCUACAACGUUGUCGAUCAACCAAAUAUUGAGAUGGAAAUUAGUCCUGUUAUAUUGGAGAGCAACCCAGAUGAUGGUGAUACUUAUAACUCCAACUGCCAACAACUUCAUGAUCAGUUUGAGUACUCUCAUGAUAUUUCCGAAUAUUUUUCCAGCUUUGACUCCGACGGCCAGUUCGAUAUGAGUUCAUCCUGGUUUGAUGUACUUUGGGAUGCCGAAACAUCUGAUUUCUUCAGAGAGGUUAUAACAAGUUAGCACCCAUAUAUCUCGCGUCUAGCACUUAGUAAACAAAUCCAACUAGAAAAAUGGGGCCGGAUUAGACAAACUUCGAAGUCUUCCUACCACUUGUUUUAUAAAUAUGUAGUAUAUAUAGUGGUAAUAAAAGUUAUGUACUCUUUCUCAUGAGAUAUGACUUAUGACCCAGUUGCC